CUUUGCGAUAGGCGCGUGCGCGUUGGGCAGACAUGGCGGAAUUGGAGAUUGGGCAGCACUGUAGGGUAGAGCACUGUCGGCAGCUGGAUUUUCUACCUUUUGUGUGUGAUGGCUGUUCCCAAGUUUUCUGUCUUCAGCAUAGAAGCCGGUCUGCCCAUGGUUGCUCUGAGGUAAAUCUGAAAAAUGAAGACGUGAAACCAGAUCAUCACAAAUCUUUCUUGUGCAUGUACAAAGGUUGUGAUGGUAAAGAACUUGUACCAGUGUGGUGCUCAUUUUGUGAAAAGCAGUUUUGUUUAAGGCACCGUCAUCAGUCAGACCAUGAAUGUGAGAAACUGGAAAUCCCUAAACCUCACAUGGCUGUAACCAAACAACUUGUUAAAAAUAUUGUAGAUUCCAAGAAAGAAACCACAGUGACGAAAAGGUGCAAAGGAGCAAAGAGCACUGAAACAGCAGCAAAAGUGGCCCUAAUGAAACUAAAAAUGCACGCAUGCGGGGAUAAGUCCUUGCCACUGACCGAAAGAAUCUAUUUCCAAGUAUUCUUACCUAAAGGAAACAAGGAGAAAAGCAAGCCCAUGUUCUUUUGUAGUAAAUGGAGCAUUGGCAAAGUAAUUGAUUCGGCAGCUUCCUUGGCAAACCUUAAAAAUGACAACAACAAAACCACAGCCAAGAAAUUAAGACUCUGCCACACAAUAUCUGGAGAAGCCUUACCUUUGGACCAUACUCUAACAUCGUGGAUAAGCAACAAAGAAUACCCACUCUACAAUGGUGGAAAUGUUAUCUUGGAAUAUCUUGAUAAUGAAGCUCAGUUUUUAGAAGAUGCAAAUUCAUAUCUAGAAUAAUUGCAGUGAACUCUGGAUAUGUAAUAAUCAGCUUCAGUAAAAAACAAGGUCUGUUUAAAGCUGUAAGGGGAGGGGGUUCAUUCACAGCAAUCAGUUUUAGAAAUAGAUAUAUUAGAAUGUAGCUUAUUUAUUUUAUUUAUUUAUUUUUUCAAUUUAUAUACCGCCCAUCCCAGGGGCUCUGGGCGGUGAACAGUUAAAAUCGAUAAAAACAAAAACUAAAAUCAAUAUACAAAUAACAAAACAAAUUAACAAGGUGCAGUGGGACAAGGGUCUAAAUGCUUCUUGGCCCAAAGAAGCAUCUCUUUAAAAAAGUAUUGAGUCUGAGUUGAUAUCAGAUGAUCUGAAAAUUCCACCUGUGAGCAUUAAUCUGUCCUCCCACAUUAUCACACACAAAUCAUCACAAAUUCUGUAUCGUAUAUACUAAACAGCCAAGCGGCCCUGAUUUGUGGAUACUUCAAUCUGGAGAUUGGAGCCAUAAGCUGACAAGUAAGAUCUUUGUAAACACCUGAAAAAUGCUCCAGAUUUGCAGAAAAAUCUGAAAUCUAAAAAAAUACAUUGAGGGGUUUUAAAGAGGAGCACCUGUAGCUUUAACCAGAUCCCCUCGGUGGUUGUUGCUAGGCAACUGUAACAGCCUGUAUUCCAGGCUGGGCUUCUGUCAGUAAUAGGCAAGGAGGGAGCAGGCCCCUUUCCAUGACUGCUUUGGCCUAUGAGGGAAGAGUAAUUGGGGCCAGGCCCAAAAGCAACCACUGGGCAACUUGAUAACUCACGACUUGCAUGACUCAUCCAGGUCUGGAUGUUUGCUACUGUUCAACAACAGGCACCCCAGAAAAACCAAUGUAGUGUAGUGAUUAGAGUUUCCAAGUAGGAUGUCUGAGACCUAGGUUUGAACUGCCGCUCUGCUGUGGAAGCUCACUGGGUCACUUGGAUCCAGUCAUAUACUUUCAGCUUAACCUACUUCUCUGGGCUGUGAGGAUAAUAUGGCGCAAGGAGAAUAAUGUACGCUGCUUUGGGUCCCCAUUGAGGAGAAACACAGUAUGUAAAUGAAGUAAAUUAAUAAAUAUAGAUGAAGAUGGCAGAUAAAAGGUAAGUUGUGUAGUGGAUUUGAAGGAGAGAAGGAUGUAGGGAAAGGUGAGCAUAUGGAAGCCAUCAGGAGGAAAGAAAGAAGAAAUGGUGUGGGAAAGGGGAUAUAGUAGAGUUGCAAGCUGCCCCAGCAAUCACUUGACACUGGGAGGCAUCCUGGGCAAAUGGGCGUACACACCUCUGUGCCCUGCCAUGGUGUCAUCACUUUGGAACUGAUAUCAUCACGUGGGGGGCAGGAGUGCACACACACUUUGCACCAGGGCCAGAUCCUUAAGAAUCAGCCCAAAAUAUAAUGUCAUUCUGCAGUGGGAUGUGGAGGUGCACGCAUAUGAGAUACAAAGAUAAAUGCUGCACUCCUGCAACCCCACCCUCCCGAUCUGGCAACCCUAGGAUAAAGGGGAAAGUGAAAUACCUCCCACAAGUCUUUACUGGAUCCCUACCAUACAACUGGACUAUAGGGAAGAGGCUGCUGGGUGGGGGAGGAGGAAAGGUGAAGUCAGAAGGUUAGACUAAGGAGGGUGGGAAGGACACAAAGUCACAGGAAACAGGGGCAAGGCUAUGGGGGGCAGGAAAGGGAAAGGGGAGCAGAAAAUAAGAUGCCCACCAUCAAGCCUGAAUCCUCCCUAGAGGCUAAAAUGACAAAACUAAGGCUAUCGUACUUUGGUCACAUCAGGAGAAGACAAGAUUCUCUGGAAAAUAAUGCUAGGAAAAGUGGAAGGCAGUAAGAAAAGAGGAAGACCUAAAACGAGAUAGCUUGACUCAAUAAAAGAAGCCACACCUUCCAGUUUGCAGGAUCUGAGCAAGUCUGUUAAUGAUAGGACGUUUUGGAGAUCUUUCAUUCAUAGGGUCGCCAUGGGUUGGAGGCAACUUGAUGGCACAUAACACACACACCACCAGUCCUUGCAGGUUCCCCACUUGUACUUGUCUAAGCUAUAGGG